UAUCGUGCUUGUUAUUUGUUAUGUAAACACACGGUAUUAUAUGGAGCGUAUAUUUCCCGUCACGAAAAUGACAGCUCAAACAUACUGUUCGCAUGUUUCGUCUAAACUGUUUGAUUUGUCACACCAAUGAGUUGAUAACAGUGUUCGUUUUCCGACAACAGUGUUAGUGUCGAUUAGACGGCGCCAAAUCCAUCACAAGAUUGAACAAUGUUACCGAAUUUCAGUCCGGUUGUCCAGACCCUUUUUGGGACAUUGUUCACGUGGGGUUUAACGGCCAUUGGGUCUAGCCUAAUACUAGUGUUUAGCGGCACACAAAGGAAGCUGCUGGAUGGUAGUUUGGGGUUUUCAAGUGGCGUUAUGAUAGCUGCCUCAUAUUGGUCGCUGUUAGCGCCUGCAAUCGAACUUGCUGCGCAAGACAGUGCUUACGGGGAAAAUGGGCAGUUUUCCUUUGUACCAGCGAUGGUCGGCUUUUUGUUUGGCGCUUUUUUCGUUUACUUGUCAGAUGUAAUUAUAUCUUCAUAUGAAAUUGAUGUACUUAAUUUAUUAAUACCAGAAGCAAAUCAGUGUUCAAAAAAGAAGUUUAAAUGUGAUACCAAUACAGAUAGCUUAUAUCUUAGAAAUAACCAACAGUCAAUUGGAAUAAACAAUGUGAUAUCAGAAGCUCGUCAACGUUGUUAUAAAUCUACUCAUCCACCCCCAGAAUAUACAGAAAUAGAAUGCGAUAAUGAAGUUAAAGCAUGCAGUUGGAAACGUAUACUUUUACUUAUAAUUGCUAUUACUGUGCAUAAUAUUCCUGAAGGUUUAGCUGUUGGAAUAGCUUUUGGGGCAGUUGAUUCUUCUCCAUCUUCUACUUUUAAUAGUGCCAGGAAUUUGGCCAUGGGAAUCGGCAUUCAAAACUUUCCGGAAGGACUAGCCGUCAGCUUACCUCUUCAAGCGGCUGGAUGUUCCAAGUGGAAAAGCUUUUGGUACGGACAACUAAGCGGCAUGGUGGAGCCGAUCGCAGGACUUGUGGGCAUAUUCGCCGUGUCCUUCGUCAAACCGUUGCUGCCUUACGCCUUGGCGUUCGCGGCAGGCGCGAUGAUCUACGUGGUCGUCAAUGACAUCAUACCGGAGUCGAAUUCCAGUGGUAACGGGAAGCUGGCCAGUUGGUGUUGCAUCAUAGGAUUCGUGUUGAUGAUGUCAUUGGAUGUGGGACUUGGUUGACUUCAUUAGGUAUUAACCGUCAUUUUUUCCUACACUGACCCAUAUAUUCAUAUAUUCUUAUUCGUUUAAGUAUCAGUAUGUAUAAUUCUUUUUUUUUUUUUUUUUUU